CUUCCGUUUCAACUAGCAUCUAUUCAUUAUUGUAAAGUUUAAUAAUUUUGUAGCCCUAACUCAUUCAGAGUAAAAACCUAUCUAUUUUGCCAUAUAAUAUGUCAAAGACAACAGGUAAGCGAGAUCCAUUGUCUCGGUAUUUCAAAGACCUCGACGAAGAGGACAUAAGUAGUGGAAGUGAUGAUUCUAACGAUGAAGCCGAAGCCGAGGAACCAACGCCAGUUCCAAGAAGGGAAUCAACAAAGGCAGAACCGAAAGUAGAAGUUACUUCUUCAGGUACCAAUUGGGCAAGGUCCAAUGAUAAAACUAGCUCCAGCUCUCAGGGUCAGAGUGAAGAACAAUCUAAAGAAAACAGUUUAACAGCAGACAGUACGACUUCCCCCAAAUCCACCAGACUACCUUCAGCUCAUGAGUGCUUGAAACGCAGCAGUAAACCAGAGUUUCUCAGACUGGAUGAACAGAAAGAUGUGAAUUGGGAUUCAGUCCACAAACAGCUGCCAGGAGAAGACGAAGACCAACCAGUUACUGAGUUCAAGAGCAGUGCUGUCCCCCCUCCCAACAGCUAUGAACCAGUUACUGAUCCAGGGAUCAAAGUAGUUGAUUCUGAAGGGCGAAAACGGAAAACGAUAGAAGCAGCUAGCUGUGCUAUCUUUAACGCUGCGCGACAUAUGUGUGCCUUGACCCUUUGCUUAGCUAGGCUUGUGGGGAGCUCUUCGCAAGUGACUGCGCACUUGGUGGGAGAGGCAGGGUGAUGACUUGCAGGAUCAAAUGACAUCGAAGAAAGCAUACAGAGUGGAGGAACCUGAAUCUCAGUGAUGAACAAUGGGAAAGUGCAAUAUAUUAUACAGGGGAAUGUUUGGGGCGACAUCAUCUCACCUUUCAUUGUCAUGAAAUAAAAAGUAGAACAUUUCGAUUUUUAUAGAA